UUGAUGGAGCGGGACAAAGGUUUUGUUCUUCUCCCAACACUGCAGCCUUGUGUGGCCGCGGCGGGCAGCGGCGACAGGCAGCAGCCAGCGCUCCCACGCCACGGCGCAGAGGGGGAGUUUCUCCUCCUUUGUCUGCUCCCGGCGAGAGCAGCAGUCGGUGUGCGGCAGCGCCAGAGCAGCCGGAGAAGGGCCUUGGUGGCAGCCGGGGAGGACAGCAGCCAAGGUCCCCUCUGCCCCGGCACAGGCACCACCAGCUCAGCUUCACCGUGCUGGGAACAAGCCUGCCCGCCACGGGCAGUGAUCCCAGGAGAGGCAAGCUCUUCAUGACGGAAACCCGACCGGGGAGCGUCCAGAGUGGGGACAGCAGCUGCGCCUGGGGACGAGGAGGACGGCAGCAUUCGGGACAAGGACACCCGCACCCUGUCCCCCCCGCGGCGCCCACUGCCGGCCAUGGGAAACGGCAUGAGCCAGAUCCUCCCUGGCCUCUACCUUGGGAACUUCAUCGAUGCCAAAGACCUGGAGCAGCUAAGCCGGAACAAGAUCACUCACAUUGUUUCGAUCCAUGAAUCUCCUCAGCCCUUGCUGCAGGACAUUACCUACCUCCGCAUCCCCCUGCCCGACACCCCUGAGGCCAACAUCAAGAGGCACUUCAAGGAAUGCAUCAGCUUUAUCCACCAGUGUCGUCUGCAUGGAGGGAACUGCCUCGUCCACUGCCUUGCUGGCAUUUCCCGCAGUACCACCGUGGUCAUCGCCUAUGUCAUGGCUGUCACUGAGUUGAGCUGCCAGGAGGUGCUGGAGGCCAUCCGAACUGUCCGGCCCGUUGCCAACCCCAACCCCGGCUUCAGGCAGCAGCUGGCUGAGUUCGGCGGUGGCGCAGCCCGCAAGGUCCACAAGCACCUGAAGCAGAGGUAUGGGACAUCCCCUUUCAAUGACGAGGAAGAAAUAAAGGCCUUGCUGCCAGCGGCGAGAGGAGGACCAUCCAGGACAGAGGGAGCUCUGCAAGGACUGGUCCCAAGAGCCAGAGACAUCAGGAGCACGACUCCCUUCCUGCUGCGGGUGAAGAGGACGUUCUCCUGCAUCCCAGCUUGUCUGAAAUGACCCCAGCCAAGGGAGAGCAGCGAGAAUCACCCAACAACCUGGGAGAGACAAAGGAGCCGCAGCACAGUGGGCUGGGGGAGCACUAUGCACGGGAGCCACGCCAAGCCCAGCUCCUUCUUCUCUUCUGGGGUUUGAGUGUGCCAUCCUCUGUCCUGGCUCACAGCUAUUGGGGAGGGAUUCAUAUGCACUGCCAGGCUCUGCAGUGCUUGGUGGACUCAGCCUUUUCACAUCAGGUGUAUUGGGAAUGCUUGGUGAAAGGCACAGGUCUCUGCCCCUAGGUCACUGCAGGCUCCUGCUCAGGGCAGAGAGACAGAGAGGGUUUGUCCUGCUGCGUGGCCAGCACCCAGGUGAUGCCAGCAGCAGCUUUAGCACUUGGGUACCAGCUGCAGAGGCCUUGGGGUGCACAGGGUGUGGGAGAGCCAGCGCUCCCCUUGGAGCAGUUUUCCCACCAGCAGCACAAGCUACCAGAGCUGAGGCAGCUGCGGAGCAGGGACACGUGGGUGCAUUAGCAGGUAAUGCCACCGCACUGGCUCCCAGGCAAGGGUCCAGCUCCAGCCCAGCCAAGCACAAGCCCUCAGUGAGCACUGUAGCUUUAGGAGUCCAUUGCACCCCAUUCCCACCCAUCCCAGGGCACAUUGUUUAAAAGGUGGGAACUAAGCAUUUAACCCAGCCAGAACUCACUAAAGCAGAGCCUUAAGCCAUUUUGCUUAAAGACUUUCUAUGUCCCCCAAGUAAUAAACACCUAUU